CUCUCUCUCCCUCUCUAAAAUGUUAGCAGACACACUCCUCUCUCUCGCUACACUGAGCAGCUCGAGUUUUCAGGGAAGACAGUCUCGUUCUUUGUUCUGGUUUUGUCUGCAGUUCCCUCUCUUUCCCUUCUUUCUUCCUCUCUCUUUUUAACUCCUUUGUCGUAGAAGCAUCUCUCUCUAAGAGAAGAAGAGAAGAAAGCUUGGUAUCUGAAAGAUCAGUUCACUUUCAGCUCACUAAAUUCAACUGAAGCAAAGCCUUGCGAGGUGCAUCAUCCGUUAAAGAAAAAACUCCUCCAUUGGUGUUCCCGACGCCUAGGGUUCUGUUUGGUGUCAUGUGGAGAGCACACCAACUUCAGGGAACUUGACCAUUCCCACACUUCUCUCUCUCUCUCUCUCUCUCUCUCUCUCUCUCUCUCAAAGGAAAAAGGGUGCUUCUGGAAGUUGGGGGGUUAGUGAGAAUUGGCCUCUACUCUUCAGUGUUGCAAAAUGCAGGAACAGAAACAGAAAGCAGCAUCAGGAAAUCAGAACAAUGGAGUUUGCGUUUGUAACAAGUGCGGCUGGGUGUAUCCAAACCCUCACCCCAGUGCCAAACACCGGCGGAAUCAUAAAAAACACUGUGGGAAGCUCGGGGACACAGAGACAGCCGGAUCCCAAAAGCAAGAUCGGCCGAGUUCGCCAGAUUCUGAAGAAGAUUUACCCGUUGAACGACAUGGUUCUGCUGUUAAGCAACAUGAUGGUGCUCUUGAAGACGAAGUACCUGAUGCAAGUCCGCACGAAUCCUCGAUUGUGGAAAAUGCUGGAGAAGAAGCUGGAGAACCGUCUAGCAGAUUUGAGGAGGAAGUGUUUGCUGAUGCAGCUGCAGAAUUCUCAGAGUCUCUCCCGAGUCCCAGGAGUGGAUUUAUUCAACUUAUUGACAGUGACCAGUCUGAUGUUGAGAGUGGCUCUGCAGCGGGGACUCUUCGUCGUGGACUUGAAUCUGUGGCAGUAGAAAGAGGCAUUGCUGCGAGCAGCGGUGAAGGGCAAACGGAACAGGAACCCGUGGUUUUAUCUGAUUCGGUUGAACUUUCUAGGCUGCAAACUAGUUUACACGAAUCAUUUGAAACUAAGAGACGUGAAGAUUUUGUUGGUUUCAUAGGGCAUCCAAAUGAUGGAGAUGCAGGGAACAGCUCUGGUGUCAGAAGUAAUGGGAUCGCUUGCAUUCCAGAACAACAUUUAUCCAAGAAUGAAGCCUUCGCCCCCAUUGAUAGCGCCGGUUUGGAUAGCGUCCAUAAUAUGAACGUGAAUAUUCAAGACGAUGCUAUGGAGACACAGAACCAUCAAAUAAUGGAAGCAGAAGCAGAACUUUCGCAGGGGAAGACUCUGUCUCCUGAUCAUGCAUUUUAUGUAACAAAGUGUGCCUUGGAAGCAAAAGGCAAGAAUAUACCACUUUUAUCAUUAUCUGAAGCACCCGAGGUGCAACCUGAUCAUUCAUCUGAUAGUCAUCUUGAGGUUUCAAGUGAUCAAACUUGUGAGAAGAUAAAAGGAUGCAAAAAAAGUGAAGUCAGGAUUGAAUCGUAUCAGGAGUAUCAGAGCAAAAUGAAUGUGAACAAGGAUCCUGCAUGUCAUGGUUGUGAGAAGAGCAACAUGUUAUGUCGUCUACAUGCAUCUGCUGAAUUGGAAGCCUCUUUCAAGGAUAAUGUUGUCCAUUCAGAAAGUCCUAGCUCCAAAACCUGCUCAGAUACCAUAGAUGAAUCCAUGUCACAGUCAUGCCCUCCUACCUCAAGAUCUGCAACAGAUGAAUCUCAUGCGACGGAUCCUGUCUCCCAGGUUACCCAAGGUCUAGAUAGAAGUGUGCCUGUGGAAUCAGAAAUUGAGAAAACUGGACAUGAAAGUGGAAAGGGUGAUGGAGCUAAUGGUUCUCACUGUCAUGGAAGCAAAGGCCGAGAUUCAUCAUCUCCUCUAAUGUCCACAGAGGAAUCUCCAGGGAAUUUCACUAGUAUUAGUUCAGAAAUUCCCAAUCCUACAAUAAAGGAAGAAUUAGAAAGAAAAGCAGAAUGUAAUGCAAAUCUUUCUCAUGAAAACUCAGUUUUUAGAGACAAGGAUGUGCCAACACCAUUGGCAACCUUGAACCCUGGAAAGGCUUUAGAGGCUUCUGAUGUUCAUGAAGAUCUUAAUCUUGUGAAACAAAAAGCUUCUUUGAGCCAUACUGGUACUGAAGCACCAGUACAGAUGGAUGGUUAUACUCAAUUUGUAGUUCCUUACUCAAAUGGAACACAUAGUGCAGGCAGUUCUCCUUUCAAAGAAACAGAAGAUCUAAUUCCUGAACAAGAAGGAAAAAACAGAGACUCUAAUGACAAAUAUGGAAGCAUAAUACUUCAUUUACAACCAAGCAGUGAUGUUACCAUCCAAAGUGAAUCAAUCUUCAUUGGGAACAACAUUGAUAUGGAACACAAGGAACAUUCACCACCUGCUGCACUACCAGAAAAUUCAGAUUUCGAGAUCCAAGAGAAGCUUCAUAGGGAAUCAAGGUCAGACCAGAACUGUCCGAAUGAAAUGCCAAUGCAGGCUGAUAUAGAAGUUUCAGGCACAGUAUUAGAUAAUUUUAAUGAUGACAAGUCAUCUUCUGCAUUCAUUUCGAAAUCUUGUGAUCCAAGUGUUGUUGUACAUCUUGCGGAUGAGAAUAGAGCACAUGCUGUAAAACAAUUGGUUGAAGUGAAUUCUUCUGAUGAUUUGAAGGUAGAGCUUAUACAGAGUGAAGAAAAUUUGGUUGCCUUAAGUGAAGAUCUUAAAACAACAACAGUGGGAAAAAGCGACUCAUUAACUACAACCAACCAGACAAACAGUAUGAAAGAUCUUGGAGUUUUUGUGUCAGAACAAGCAAAUUCUGCUGUUGAAGAUGAUAUCUUACAAACAUCAGAACAUGGUAGUAAGGCAGAACGAAAAAACAAAAUAGAAGAAAGUUCUUGCAAUGAUAAUUCAAAGAUGAGUGCUGUUUGUGAGCGUCAUGAAAAUGGAAAUGGCACUGAUAUUUUUGUGCCACAUUCUUUGGUGGCCAUGGUGGAGCACAGCAGAGACCACACCAAGAAUACCAUCCCUUCUAAUUCAACAGCAGAACAAGUUCUCCAAAAUACAACCACCUCUAUCUCUGAUGUCGCAGGGUCUCAUUUUCUUUCCACACUGGUAAAUGACUCAGAAGGGCAGGCAAAUGAUGAGACCAUUGAUAAAGCAAUGAGCUUGGAGAAAACUCGCACCCCUUUAAAAAGCCUUCUUGUUGAAAGCAUGGAGGAAAAUACAGAUCCUGAGUGUCAUAAAAGAACAACUAUGAAUCAUCCUAAAUCACCAAGUACUGCCACUGAAACUAUGUCAGAGGUGAAAACUCCUGAAUUGCCGCCAUACAAAGUUUAUCAAUCACAAACCAAAGGAAAUCCUACACCAACUUAUGCUGCUAAGAUACGGCUCAAUUCUCCUGCAUGGAUCCUGGGCAACAGAAGAGAGAAACAGAAGAGCAGAGGAGUAUAUUCAUGGAUUGCAUGUGUAUGCUGCUCUUCCAUGAAUUGAAGUCAAAUAUUAGCCUUCUUCAUGCCUAGCUUUUCUGCAGAAAUGAAGGUCUACAUAUCAAGCCUCUCUCUCUCUCUCUCUCUCUCUCUCUCUCUCUCUUAUACAUUUUGGUGAUUGUUUUGUUAUGCUGUAGAAGCACGUUACUAAUAAGUUCCAGAGAAGGUGUGCAUUCUGCCUGCCAAUGAUAGUGAUUUGAUUCUGUGGAAAGUUUAGAGACAAUAGUGGAAGUAUGAAUUUUUUUUUUUUUUGCCCUAUUUCUUUGCGGAGCAGAACUCUGAUAGUAAAAUUAUGUGGUUUGCAUUGGGAUAAGUAUGGUGAGGCAUAUUUCAAACACCUCACAAAAUCUGAAACCUGAAGAAACUGAAGUUGGGAAGCGAUAUUUCUCACAAGAUAUGCAGGUCUAUGGGUUGGCAACUAUAUUACAGUUUUGAAGUCUGAGGUCUUGAGAUUGAAAUGUCUCUGAUCGAGUACUACAUAGUUGGGAAGUUGUGUGCUUGCUCUUUGUUCGGUCAUGUGUUUACUUUUGUAGAGCAAGUUUGUUACUUUGUUAGUAUAUUAAUCAAGGUGAUGAUCAUAUUACUGAGGUUUAGAUUUAAGGAAAAUAGAUAUGAUUGCGUUGCUUUAA